AUGAUUUCUUCAGUCACCCUUAAAAUCGUGGUCAUAGGAGUUGGAAUUAUCGGUCCAAGACAUGCAAAGCAUGUCAUUGAAAAUCCACACACUGACCUUUUUGGAAUUGUGGACCCUGGUCCAGCUGGUCCUGGUGUUGCUAAAGAAUUGAAGGUUGAUCAUUUCUCAAGUAUUCAAAAUAUGAUCCAAUUUUGUAAUGAAACAAAUACAAAUUAUCCAGAUGGAGCCAUUGUUUGUACUCCUAAUUCGACACAUGUCAAGGUGGCUGCAGAAUUGGCGUCCCAUGGCAUCCAUUUGCUCGUGGAAAAACCAUUGUCUCCCUCUCCAGCUGAGGCAAUUGCAUUGAAAAACUAUGUAGAUAGUAAAGGGGUUAAACUAUUGGUGGGUCAUCAUCGUAGAUUUAAUCCUCAUAUUGUUGCAACUAAGGAAAAUUUGCACAAGGUUGGCAAAAUUAUUGCAGUACAAGGAACAUGGACAUUGCGUAAACCAUCUGCAUACUUUGAAAGUGCUACUUGGAGAACUGAUAUUAAUACCGGAGGUGGUGUCUUGAUGAUAAAUUUGAUCCAUGAUAUUGAUUUGCUUCAAUAUAUGUUUGGUCCAAUUGAAAGAGUUUACGCUGAGUUACUACCAAAGCAAAAAUUACAAUAUCCAAAUGUUGAUGAAGGUGCGGUACUCACCAUUAGAUUUAAAAGUGGUACAUGUGGUACAUUUGUAUGCUCUGAUAGCGUGACGUCACCCUUUAACUUUGAAAGUGGAACUGGUGAAAACCCCACCAUUCCACAUCAUGAAGAUUUGGAAGGUUUGUACAGAAUUUUCGGUACUGAGGGGACCCUUUCUGUGCCUGAUUUCACCUUGUACCAUCAACAACUGAAUGGAGAAUGUAAGCAAGAAGAACCUUCAUGGUUGAACCCCAUUCAACGGGAACUGGUGGUGAAGGAUCGUGACUUGGAGUUGCAUUCACAUUUACCAUUUGAUUUACAAUUGAAUCAUUUUGUCGAUGUCAUAAGGGGUAAUGUGGAUCCUUUCUGUAGCGCUCAGGAUGGAAUGUCAUCUCUGCUUUGUAUUGAAGCUGUUCUCAAAAGUAUCGAGACUGAACUCCCACAAAGAGUGUCUGACUGUUCCACCAUAAAGCCCGAUUACGAGUCCUUGGGCCUUAAGGAGAAACUUAAUUUGCCAUGA